AUGAGUGAUCAGGCUGUUUUCGUGUGCCUGUUUUUCUAUUUUACGGGAAAGGCACAGGCUGAUAGCAGAGCAAUCACCACCAAGUCUGAACUGACUGCCAGGACUGAGCCAAAGGCUUCUGAGGGGGCCUGGGCGCCAGGAUGGAGGAAGGGAAUGAAUGCUCUCCAUGACUUUGGGAUCAGGUCAACACACUACCUGCAAGUGGACUACCAGAAUGCUCAGGAUUGGUUCAUCUAGGUAUCGGUACUCGCAGACCUCAGGAAUGCCUAUUAUGUUCUCUUCCCUGUCUGGUUUCAUCUCGAGAAACUGUGGGGCAUCAAACUCCUCUGGGUUGCUGUCAUUGGAGACUGGCUCAUCGUCUUUAAGUGGAUUCUCUUUGGCCAGCGCCCAUACUGGUGGGUUCUGGACACCGACUACUACAGCAACAUGUCCGCCCCCCUGAUAAAGCAGUUUCCGGUUACCUGUGAGACGGGACCAGGGAUCCCCUCUGGCCAUGCCAUGGGAGCCGCUGGUGUAUAUUAUGUGAUGGUCACAUCUGCCCUCUCUCUCUUGAAGGGAAAGAAAAAGCCAACUUUCACAUAUCGGUGCUUAACUGUCCUUCUGUGGCUGGGAUUCUGGGCCGUGCAGCUGAACGUCUGUCUAUCUCGAAUCUACCUUGCUGCUCAUUUUCCCCACCAAGUUGUCGCUGGAGUUUUGUCAGGUAUUGCGGUUGCUGAAACCUUCCGCCACAUACAGAGCAUUUAUAAUGCAAGUCUUAAGAAGUAUUUCCUCAUCACCCUCUUCCUGUUCAGUUUUGCCAUUGGAUUUUACCUGCUGCUCAAGGCAGUGGGUGUGGACCUCUUGUGGACUCUCGCGAAAGCCAAGAAAUGGUGUGAGCGACCGGAAUGGGUCCACAUCGACACCACGCCUUUUGCCAGCCUCCUCAAGAAUCUGGGGACCCUCUUUGGCCUGGGCCUGGCUCUCAACUCCAGCCUAUACAAGGAGAGCUGCAAGGGCAAGCUCGGCAAAGGGCUGCCCUUCCGCCUCAGCUGCAUUGGGGUCUCCCUCAUCUUUCUUCAUUUCUUUGACUCCUUAAAACCCCCAUCCCACGUCGAGCUGGUCUUCUAUGUCUUGUCUUUCUGCAAAAGCGCCACAGUGCCAUUGGCCUCUGUUGGUCUCAUCCCCUACUGUCUUUCCCGGAUCCUGGGCUCAUCAGAUAAGAAGUCUUUGUAAGGGAUAUGGAAUUUUCAGAAUUUCA